AUGUUUGCAAAAACGCGCGGCAUGACUGCACAGACUGUCACAGUACAGACUACAUUCUGUUUGCGCAUAGCAUGCUAUUCAGCCAGUGUUGCCGCUGCCACCGGUAAGGAAGCGACAACGAGUCGUGGGGCUGACGAGGAGAGUUGCGUGCAACAAGAGGUCCCCUCGGCGGAGUUCAUCAAUAGGAACCCCCGUAACUUGGAGCAGCUGGGCCACGCCGUGCGAGACAAGGGGUGGUACAUGCAGUGGCCUAGGAGGAAUUAUUACCACAGGCUGCGAUUCAAGCGAAACAGUCACCGCACGACGGCUGAGGUCGUUCAUUACGGCGGCAGGGUCGUCGUGACGGCGUCGACCAGCGAGCCGGCCAUCAUGAAUCAGCUCUACAGCGGUAGUGAUGUGGCUGCAGCCGCUAACAUAGGCAGCAUCAUCGCACAGCGCUGUCUGCAGGCAGGCAUCGUACAACUUGACUUUACUGUCGACGCAGACCAGUUCAAGACGGAGCGAGUGAGUAUGUCUGCUGUUCAUGUGUGUGAAAGAUCUAGGCUGGCUCUUUUUUAG